AUGUCAGUAGCUGUGUAUGCUGAGAAGUUCGAAGAUAUGGCUGAGUAUUCUAGACAAGACCCGUACGCACCUGAUAGGAGGUGGAUGAUUGAUCAGUUUCUUUUUGGUCUGAGGGGUGAAAUUUAUCAUAGUGUUUCUCAAAGGGAAUUCACUUCUUAUGCUGAACUAUUAAGACAAUGUUAUGUGGCUGAGAACAGUUUGAAGAAGGUUCAAGAAGAAAGGGAUCAGUACAGGAGUGGGCAGAGAGACCAAGGAAGGCCAGGAAGCCAGUUUAGGCCUAGAUCUCAGGCUUUCAAGGGAAAACAGGUGCAACAUGCAAGACCUAACCAACCUCCUCAAUGUCAAGCAUGUAAGAAGUGUCAUUUUGGAAAAUGUGAUGUACGUGAAAUUAGGUGUUUUACUUGUCAGAUAGAGGGGCACAUGUCUAGGGAAUGCCCUCAGAAUAAGAAUCAAAUGCAGGGGAGGAGUACCAGUCGAGUUUAUACCUUAGAUGCAAGGAAGGCUAAGAGAAACAAUGCCUUAAUUGCUGCAAUUCCCUUGUCUCCUCCUAUGGUGGUUACUACCGCCAUGGAUGAUGUGGUUGAGACACCAUUGAUUUGUGAAAAUUGUUCAAUCUCGGUGAAUGGUAGAAUUUUUCAAAUUUAUCUUAUUUGUUUACUACUUAAGAAGGUUAUUGUGGUUUUGGGGAUGGAUUGGCUUUCCGCCAACUCGGUGUUUAUUGGUUGUGAAGAGAAGUUGAUUAUCAUUCCAUCUAGUGAAGCUACUCCAAAGGAUGUGCUAACUACAAUCUUGGAAGGUACGGUUGGCAUGGUUAAUUUCUUAUUUGAGAAUGAAAAGUCAGUUCUCUUGGUUCUUAUCAAGGAGCCUAGCGAUAAUCCGAGUGUUACACAAAUCCCUAUUGUUUGUGAAUUUCCGGAUGUUUUUCUUGAAGAUGUCACCUCUCUUCCUUCUGAAAGGGAAGUGGAAUUCUCUAUUGAUCUGAUACCUGGGACGGCUCCAAUCUCCGUCUCUCCGUAUCGCAUCGCGCCACUAGAGUUGAGAGAGUUGACGAAUCAAUUGGAAGAGUUGUUAACCAAGCAUUUUAUCAAACCUAGUGUCUCACCAUGGGGAGCUCCAGUGUUAUUGGUAAAGAAGAAGGACGGUAGUAUGCGGUUGUGUAUUGAUUAUCACCAGUUGAAUAAAGUUACCAAUAAGAACAAGUACCCUCUGAUAAGGAUAGAAGAUUUGUUAGACCAGUGGAAAGGAGCCUGUGUGUUCUCGAAGAUUGAUUUACGAUCGGGCUAUCAUCAAAUAAGAAUUAAGAGUUCGGAUGUGCCAAAGACCGCAUUUAGAACCCGAUAUGGCCAUUAUGAGUUCCUUGUAAUGCCGUUUGGUGUAACGAAUGCCCCAGUUGUUUUAUUGGACUAUAUGAAUCGGAUAUUCCAACUCUACUUGGACCAGUUUGUGGUGAUCUUUAUUGAUGACAUUCUUAUUUAUUCUCGUACUCCUCAAGAGCACGGAGAACACUUAAGGAUUGUUCUAUCAGUACUGCAAGAGAAACAAUUGUUUUCCAAGUUAAGUAAGUGUGAAUUUUGGAUGAACUAA